CAGUUCCCACCAGUUCCCACCAGUUCCCACCAGUUAAAAUAGAUAAGCAUACCAUGACUAGACUUAGCUUAUUGCUAAGUAUAUUUAUGGCAUCUAUGGCAUAUGCUUCUAUAGGCGAUAGGUUAAUUGAAUUUCAGGACUGUAAUGACUUUCAAUCUCCGAGAUUCAAUAUAUACUCUCCUUUAAAAGUAUUAUGGAGUCCGGAGAAGAACUGUAACUAUAAAUGUCAACAAUUAAUUACAGAUUUACGAUUAAGUCAAGGUCAUGAAAUGGUUCAAUUUUAUGGUAAAUGGCCCUUUGUUCGUAUUUUAGGUAUGCAAGAGUUUUACUCUACUAUAUUCUCCUUAGCCAAUUUUUAUGUUCAUUAUCAAAGUCUCCGAAAAGUGAUACUACAAGUCCAUAAAAAUCUGAAAGAGAUUAAUACAUACAAAUAUCGUACUAUGACAUUGCAAUAUUUAUAUUUGAUUGUUGUAUCAAUGUUUGGUUGGACUUUGAGUUCUAUUUUCCAUAUUUGUGAUAAUAAAACAACUGAAAAAUUUGAUUAUUUUGGUGCUGGAGCUAUUAUUUUAACCAGCUUAAAUUGCAUCUUUAUAAGAUACUUUGAAUUGUUCAAAUAUUCUAAAGUUACAAGAUUGGUAAAUCUUAUAUUCUUGAUUGUAUUUUUAUUCCAUAUUCGGAAAUUAAAUUUGAAAUGGGAUUAUCAAUAUAAUACAAACUUCAAUUUAGUUAUUGGAGUUUUUUCGAUUAUUCUCUGGUCACUUCAAGCUAUAAGAGACUAUAAAACAUUCCAGUCAAAUUAUAUUAUAUAUAAUAAUUCCAUACAAUUGUUACCAUUUGAAACGAAGAUCCUCAAAAGGAUAAAUAUCUCAGUUAAGCAUAUCCCGUUAUUACCUAUCUUCUUUAAUUUAUGGUUAGCUGUUGGAAUAGCAUUUGAAAUCUUUGAAUUCACUCCUUGGUUCAGAUUAAUUGAUGGACAUGCAAUAUGGCAUUUAAUAACAGCAUUCCCGCCAUUAAUAUGGUACGACUGGAAUAUUUGGGAUAUUGAGUUAUUAAAGAUUAGUGAU